AUGACCGACAUAAUGACCCAGAAUCACUGCAGCAGGACGGCACGGCACGGGCUGCGCUCCAAAUCUAAUACAUUGGGAAUUUGCAUGCGACGCGACCAGCUGCUCAUAGUUCUGGGCGCAACUACCGCCAGUUGUGCAGUGCCACGAUGUGCCACGCAAGUGCGAAUGUCGCCAUUUCGGGUCAAGACAACUGACCAUAUUAUAGAACCUGAGUGUCACUGCUCGCAUUUGCUCGCCAUGCUGGUGACUUGUACAGAGACACAGAUCUCAAGUUCUCCCACACCAACCUCGUAUGGCACGCGAACCUCAAGUUCUCCCGUAUCAACUUUGCAGCGUGGCCUCACUCUUCGCUCGGGGAAGGAGGAGCAGGAUGUGCAGGCAUUGCAGGAACGGAUGCCUCCAUGUAUGUCACUGGCCCUUUUGUACAUCCUGAUUUUCUUGCUAGUUCUCAAUGUGGAGAUCGUGGUGCCAACGGCCGACGAUUAUGCGACACGCUUGGGGGCAUCAGAAACCUUCAGCGGCUUGGUGAUUGCAUUGACGCCCUUUUGGCAAGGGAUUCUUGGAAUCCCGAUGAACUAUACCAUGUUGAGGCACGGCGUGCCGAUGAAGAGCAUCAUCAUCAUCAUGGUAGCAGGCUCUGUGCUGGGCAACGUGCUCUAUGCCAUGGCCGGGCUUAUGCAUUCCAAGCUGGUGAUCUUGGCCGCGCGGACGAUGGUUGGGAUUUGCCAGUGCCAACUUGCUGGGCCGAUCUAUAUCGCCUGGACAGUGGGCGUGAAGAAGCGGACCAAGGUCCUCUUCAUGUACUCGACCAUGACAGCUGUGGCCUUUUGCUGCGCGCCCUUGAUUGCUGCCUUACUGGAGAUCUUUGUGAAGGAACUUCGCAUUGAGGAUUUGGUGUUGAACUCUGAUACGAUCCCCGGGUGGUUUAUGGCUAUGCUGUAUUUCAUCUACCUGCUACUGGUGGUGUUCUUCUUCGAAGAUGUGGCAGAUCCCCAAGUCUCUAGCCCAACUCCGCCAGAGCCGGCAGAGGGAGAGCCGCAGGAGAAGUUCUGGAAACCUGGCCUUUUGACUUGCCUGCUGGCGUCCUUCUUGAGUCCUACAACCUCAACGAUGUGCAUCGUUUUCUUCGUCAAAUUAGCUGAAAAGACCUGGUCCUUGAGCGUCUCAGCCACGGGGUUCUACUUGGCAGCAGCCAUGGGGGUUGUAGCGUUGAUGAGCUUCGCUAGCAGCGCGGUGACGCCCUACGUGGAGGACCGGAAGGGCCUCUUGAUCACCUCCUUGUGUGCCUGCGUUAGCGCGACCUUGACCUUCCAUAUCGGUCAUUCCUGGGACACGGCCUCGGUGGUGGUCUUCAUCCUGGGGUUUUUGCUGAUGCAGUCCUGCUCUGGCGUGGUGAAGAACUAUGGCUACGCCUUGGUGCCGAAGAUUGUGGCCCCAGAGUACAAGGACAACGCAGGCUUUGCGAACAUGGUGGUCAUUCAGCUGGGGCGUGGCUUGGGCGCCCAGUUGGGGGCAGUGUUCAACACGACCACCUUUGCUGCAUCACAGGUGGGCUCCUACUUUGUAUUGGCGGUUCUAGCCGCAUGCUUCACCGGCCAGCUGAAGCAACAUGCCAAGGCCAUGUAA